AUGUCUUGGCGUGAUUACCCGGGCACCCCACAACCAAACAACAGUCAAUCAAUUCAAAGAACCGCGAUCACCUCGGUCACCCCGUCAUUCACCUCUCCUUCUCCAUUUCAUUUAUCCACUCCACCGUCAAUUCCGCAACGAAGCUCGUCACUCGUUUCUGGCAAUGGAUUGACUCAUUUCUCUUCAUCAAGAGUCUCGAUUCAGGAACGAGAGGAGAGAAGGAGAUUUCUUCAUUCACCCACUUCUCCACUCCGUGCCUAUGAUGACAUUCGUCAGAUGAGCGGUGGAAUCGAUGCACAACAGCGGCUCUCGUCCUACUCAUUGCACUCGAUUGCAGGGCAACUUCGCUCAAAC